AUGGGUUUAAUGGAUCAACAGACUGGAACCUGGGAUCCGGAUAUUCUAACAGAUAUUUUCAUACCGGAGGAUGUGGAACGAAUUAAAAAAAUACCUGUAUCACCUAGGUAUGAUGAUUUGUGGUACUGGUAUGGAGAUCCAAAUGGUGAAUAUUCUGUCAAGAAUGGGUAUAGGAAACUAGUGGGCAAUUACUCCCAACCACUAGGGACCUUUGAUAAAUGGAAGAGAGUGGAUAUUGAUCCAACAUGUGCUAUGUGUGGGGCUUCACAUGAGGAUAUUGUGCAUUCUUUGAUCACAUGUGGCUAUACAACAAAUAUUUGGAUACAAUCUCACCUUCCAAUCCCCAAUAGUGUCACAAAUGUUUUCAGUGAUUGGAUUAAUGAUUUGAUGAAUGUUUUAGGUGAUAAUGAGAUUAUUUAUGCAGUGGCAAUUCUAUACUACACUUGGUGUGCAAGGAAUGGGGCUGUGUGGGACGCAUGUUUGCCCAGGCCUCAGAAGGUAAUUGCAAUGGCGUCUUCAGCUGUACACUCUUGGAAAAUUGUGCACCCGACACAUACACACCCGCGAGUAAAUGCGGCCGUGAUGGAGCAAGUAGAAGCCCCAACCAUACGGCAACAAAAUGCCGUAGGUCUCACUGCCGAACCGGCAGAAACUGUGCUGCCUUUGAGCAGCAGUAUAAUGCAGCCACACGGACAGCAACAGCAGCCGAAUGUGCCUUACGGGACUCCCCUAAUGUGCUACUUCGACGCGGCAUACGACCCACGAACGAGCAAGGCGGCAGCGGGUGCAAUUAUUCUAGAUGCGCAAGGAGGGUAUAUUGCCGCAAUGACCACCCCUAUGUCAGAUUGUUUUACACCUUUAAUGGCGGAGGCUCUAGCGUGCAAAGAAGUUUUGUCAUGGUUGAGAAACCGCGGUAUAGACUCUAUCCAGCUCUUCACAGAUUGUUUAGUACUACAACAAUAUCUAUCAUCUACGACUCGAUCACCACGGUCUUAUCUGGGCUAUGCUAUUGAUAGCUGCAGGACUAGUAUAUUGGUUUUUGAGAACUGUUUAAUUCGAUACGUUCCUAGAUUAGAUAAUUAUUUAGCUCAUACUCUAGCAUCUAUUACCUCUACUCAGACGACAAUUAUGUAUGCGGACUCAAGUCCACCAGCUGCUAUUUCAGCAUAUUUUGAAUAA